AAAAGCAAGCACGUAACGACUCUAGAAAAAUCGAAACGGACGGCCAUAUUGAAUAUCGACCUUUGUUUGCACCAACUUCAAGCGGUAGUCGCAUUUCUCUACUUUUUUGCGAGAUUGUCGCUUCUCGUCCACUGUGUGUCUGAUUCUCAAUCUAAAAGAAAACAAUAAUUCGUUUUUUCGUGGAAAAUUCGUUGCCGAGCGUGAACGGCGAAGAAGAAGCAGGAGCCACUUCUAGGUGGUUACCUAAGCCCUAACAUCCGAGCGUGAAUAUUGUGUGAACGAUGGUUGACUAUUACAAAGUGCUAGAAGUGCAGCGAACCGCCACGAGCGGAGAUAUCAAAAAGGCAUAUAGAAAAUUGGCGCUGAGAUGGCAUCCGGAUAAAAAUCCUGAAAAUUUGGAGGAAGCAAACAAGAGAUUUAAAGAAAUAUCUGAGGCAUAUGAAGUGCUAAGUGAUGAAAAGAAAAGGAGGGUUUAUGAUCAAUAUGGAAAGGAAGGACUUCAAAUGCCUGGUGGCAAGAGGCGACAUAAGGAAGACUUUGAUCCACACUUUGCUGGCACUUUCAUGUUCAGAGAUCCUGAAGAAGUAUUUAGAGAAUUUUUCGGCGGGUCAUCUUUUGAAGAUUUAUUUUCUGACCUUGCUGGAGUUGGUGUGCGUCUUGGAUCACAAAGGCAUAGUCAUCCCAGCAGUAACAGCAUAAGCACGUCCUUCUUUGGCCCAUUAGGAGUUUCUCAUUUCGGUUUUUCACCACUCAACGAAUUUUUUGAAGGUACAUCAGGAAACUUUACUUCAUUCAAUGCGUUCACAAGUUUCGGUGGAACCAGUGGUGGUGGUGCCGUAAAACGGACAAGUACUUCAACUCGCUUCAUCAAUGGCAAAAAGAUUACUACCAAAAAAGUUUAUGAAAAUGGAAAGGAAACAAUAAUGUCAUACGAGAAUGAUGUGCUGAAGUCAAAGACGGUGAACGGCGUGCCACAAUCAAUAACGUACAGUUAAAUCAGUUCUCUUCUCAAGAACGCUCGCUCGAUCUCCGCUCGGCAAUUGAGAAAUUCCUGUCGUCGCGUCACGUUUGCGAGUAAUAUUUCUGCGCUCUACUAAGAUGUUGUGUUCCUGCUACCUAACUACCUGAACGAUAAUGAACAUAAAAAUAGAAAGAAAAAAGAGCAUAAUUGAUUUUUUCGACAAGUGACCGCGGCUAUUUAACAAUAUAAAAUGUUCUUCUUAUUUAGAUCAUCUAUUCAUCAACUGACUUCUUCAUUUUUCGUUGAAAUACUUUGUUAAAGUGCUAUUUAAAUGAUGUAGUAGUGCCGCUGGUCGACGCACUUUUCCACAUAUUGUACAACAAGAGAACAACAAAAUAUAUGUACAAAUAUAUGUACAAAUAUUUAUCAUUUAAAAAAAAAAAAAACAAGAGCAACGAGAUUUUCAGAAACAACGAUUACUCGACGGAAUUCGAUGACAGUGAUUGGAUCUCUAAGCUCGAGCGAUCGAGCCCGUUUAAAACAUAAUGAAAGCAGAAAAAUUGCUUAAUUUGGAUAAACUAACAUUUUAAGCAAAACAGCCGCAACGAAAUGCUACUUGAGCUUUUGUUCCCGUCACCUUCUCUGUUUUACCAGGUUUGACGAGUCAUCGACAAGUCGCCAGCUGACCGACAGUGCCAGCGAUAUCUCGAUGGCUGGCCAGAACUCGAGAACAGUCCAUGGUGACCAUCAGAAGGCUAGCAGAAUAAAGACGCACCAUCAUCCAGUUCUCACUAAGAAGCACGAUAAGAGUAAGAGAAAAUAGAGGCAACACUCUUACAACCUUCUCUCAUUCGUUUCCUUAUUUUUUUAAUUUUGGUCUCUUUGUUUUUUUUUUUCGAAUCAAACACAUAUACAUAUAUUACAUACGUACGUGUAUCAUUUACGAAACUGAUGUUGUAAAUUAUGUCUUUUUCCGCAACAUCGUUUUUGCUAUUGUUUCAAUAAUCGGAAUUAAAAAAAAAAA